UCAUGCUCACUUACUGCUACACUGUGAAAGUUUAAAUAUGGAAGCUUGUAUCUGUCUGAACAGCUUGACCCUGUGCAAAUAAUAUGCAACAGCUGUCAGACGUUACACAGAAUCUGGGGGACAGUGCCAUUGGUCUGUGGCUUAAUGAUAUGUUUGCAUAGUGUGACUAUCCUAGAGACUGCUGAGAAACAAUAGUAUGUACUGAUUAGACAUAGUCUAGAGGACAUCCUUAUCAAAGAGGAAAAGCAUGCCGUUUGAAUUUCAACAGCACCAUUGGCUGGUGGGAUUCUCACCAAAGUUUGAAACUGUCUUUGGGAAACUUCCUUUGAGAUACCGAGUUCUUGGAGAAGGCCCUGAUAUAUUAACAUGGCAGAAAUUGAAUUAAACUCUAAAAAGGAGCACCUUUAAUUUUCUCAGCCUCUGCAGGAGAGUGAAUGGAGAUUGGCCAUCAGAGGGCUCUUCUUCUAUUUCUAUAAACAUGCUGAUGGGUGACUUCCGAUGCUGACUUCCUGAAACCUCUGACACAUUGCUGUCGUUCCACUCUGAGGUGAGACCUCUUCUUGAUGAGAAGACAUCUCAGUUACAGUUCCCGACCUAGCCCUCAUGCUGCUGAGACUCUUGCUGUUGAUCUGCGCUCUUCUCUGUGAAACAAAUGGUGAGUUGCACUUCCCUUUCCUCUUCAUGGCCUGUGGGUACCUUGUCCCCCGAGUCAGCACAGAAGGCAUUGCAGAUAGCUGUCUGGACAGUCCCUGCUCAUCUGAGACACAUCUGGCGACAGUUGCCGAGAUGUACAAAUGUCAGUGGCUCGGUUGGGCCCGGGCUGCUCUAUGUUCACACGCGUCUCUGCGGUUGACAGGAGUCCCCGUCUCUGAUGUGAACUUGGAGACACGGCCCCCAGAGGGACAGGUGAUGGAGGGAAAGAAGCUGAUCCUUGUCUGCUCAGUUGCCAAGGGGACAGGCGACAUCACCUUCCUCUGGUACAAAGGGGCCUUGGGUUUAAACCUGGGAACAAAGACCCAGCGUUCCCUGACAGCAGAGUUUGAGAUCCCUACUGCAAGGCAGAGCGACGCUGAGCGGUAUUACUGUGCAGCUGACAAUGGCUAUGGCCUCAGUCUCAGUGGGCUGGUGAGCAUCACUGUCAGAAUUCCAGUGUCUCGCCCUGUCCUCACCCUCAGGGCUCCCAUGGCCCAGGCUAUGGUGGGAGACAUGGCGGAGCUUCACUGUGAGGCCCAGAGAGGCUCCCCACCGAUCCUGUACCGGUUUUAUCGUGAGGAUGUCCCCCUCGAGAGCAGUUCGGCUCCUUUUGGAGGAGGAACAUCCUUCAACCUCUCCCUGACUGCAGAACAUUCUGGAAACUACUCCUGUGAGGCUGCCAAUGGCCUGGAGGCCCAGCGUAGUGAGGCGGUGACACUCAACGUCAUAGGCCCCAGCCCUUCCCUUGGGGCUCACACACAGUCUCUCCCCUCAGUGCCUUCUGUGGAGAGAGGGGACUUUCUUACUUCUGGAACCAUGGAAGUACUGCUUGGCACCGUUUGCACCACCACUGUAGCCCUAUUACUUUGCUACUGGUUCCAGAGAAAAAUAGGAAAACAUUCAGCCAGGGAUCCACUCAGGAGCCCUCCCAGUCCUGUUCCCCAAGACCCUAUUUACCGCAACUCACCUUCCCCAGUGCACCUGCAGUCUGUAUACGAAAAUGUGAACGUUGUAAGUGGGGAUGAGGUUUAUUCCUUGGUAUACUGUGCUCAGCGGCAAGAGGUAUCAGCAGCAGCAGAAACCCCGAGCACACCUACUGAGGAUAAGGUAUCCUCAGCCAUCUAUUCUAAGCUGAAGAAGGCUAGAGCUACAGAUUUGGACUAUGAUGAUGUUAUAUGAGGUUAUGGAAUAUCGUUGCUCUUGCAAAACCAUCCCUGACCCCAAACCUCAGACCCUGAGAGAUUUCCAAUACACCUCACCAAGGUGCUUUUCCUCCCUGAAAUUAUUCCUUCGUCUACCAUGAAGUGAAGUCAGCACCAGCCCUGAAGAGCCCUUCCAAGAGAACCACCAUGGACACAGGAAUGGGAAGAACUAUGUUCCUGGAGCCCAAUUCCUUUUGGUUCCUUGGGGACAGGUCAAACUGUAUUCUUCUUUUAUUUUCAAGAGAAAACAAGGUAGAAUAAAAUAACUUGGGCUCUCAAGGGAAACAGACAAUGAAACUUAGAGCGCAUGGAUUCAAGGUUAGUGAUUUUGCAGAAAUACUCCAUAGAGAGAGCUGUGUCCACCAUUUGUCCAAGUGCUUUCUCAGCAGACGGAACAGGACCUAGGCCUGCCACGUACAUUGACCAUCCCGUUUCUGCCUGAAAAUACAAAAUUCAGUGCAUUUUGGGUCAUUUUUUGUUACCAAAUUAGGACUAAAACUAAGUUACAUAUAAAAUAAUUAUAUCUACUCAAUUUUAGUGAAAUAUUUUCAGGCUGAUCUAAUGCCCCAUAUUUAUAAUGAGAGAUCAUCUCUGUAGGUUCUACCACAUCAAAAAUUCUGUAUUUGUUGCAACUUCUUGAAGCUUUAUGAAUAUUUUUUCUUCUCCUUUUCAUAAACUUCUUGAAAACAUAUGGUAAUAUGAUUUGGGGUCUGUAUUUUCAUUUUAAAAUAAUCACAUUCACAUUCUUAUAAAUUAAAACUAUUUACUAUACAAAGGAAAAAGAUAAAGUCCUCCUUAUAAUCUAACACCACAAGGUGUAACCAUUGUUAAAAACUCAACAAUGUAGCUCUCCAGAUAUUUUCCUAUUUUUGAACAAACAUAUACAUAUACAUGUAAAUAUAUAGAUAUUUAGAAAGAUAUCUAUUUAAAGGAAUAUCAUUAGGUAUUUUCUAGUCUGUUUGUAGAUAUAUUAUACUAUUUUAAAAGAUUGCAUUGUAUUCUGUUGUGUAGAUAAAAAUUGUAAUAUAUUUUAAUGCUUUGUAUCAUUGAUGGGCAUAAAGAUGGCUUCCAAAGUUUUUGUAUUAUAAAACAUAAAAUAAUGUUCUAUACAGUCAUAUUUAUGCACCCCUUGCUAGUUUAUUGAAGGAGAUAAUUUGGAAAUCUGGGAUUACUACAUUUUAGGUUAUGCACAUCAGAUGUUUUUGUUAAAUAUACUUAAAUUGCUCUCCACUAAGUUUGUAUUAAUUUACACAACCACCAACACUGCAGGAGAGAAUCAAUUUGUGGGUAAAAGGCAUCAUUGUUAUUAAAGUUUAUGUAUUUUAAAUUAUGAAUGCAGUUGAACAUCUUUCCAUAAAUUCAUUCUUAAUUUGUAGUUCUAAAUAUUUCCUGUGUUUAGCCUUUGUUUAUUUUUCUAGGUGAUCAUUUGUCUUUUUCUUAUAGCUUUUAUAGGAACUAUUUAUUGAGUCAUAAUUUAUAUACAAUGAAAUGCACAGAUUUUAUGUGCACAGUAGAUCUGUGCAUUUCACUGUAUAUAAAUUACAACUCAACCUGACAAAUGCAUGCACCCGAGGUAACAUAAACUCCUAUCAUGAUAUGGAAUAUUUCUAUCACCCCAGAAAGUUCCUUCAUAACACCUCUCAGUCAAUUUCAUGCCCCUCUUGAAACAAUUACCAAGUCUUAUGUAUUUUAACCAUUUCUCUAUUGUAUGUGAUGCAAAUAAUUUUUCCAAUCUUCACUUUAAUUUUGGUUUCCAAUAAAUUUUAAGAUACGGAAGCUUAGUUUUUGUGCAGCUAGAUCUCCCAUUUUUUACCCUUCUUUGCUUCUGAGUUUCUUGUCUUUCUGUCAUUUUAUAUCAGACCAUGUUACCAUUUUAUAAAAAUAUUCUAUUCUCCUACACUUGCUUAUAAUACUUUGAUAGUUCUGUUUUACAUUUACUCAAUGUAUUAUAUAGGUUUUUGGUAUGAGGCAGGGAUCUAACUUCUACUGUUUUGGUUUUAUAUUUAUAUAUUCACUUUUUGGAAAAUUUUAACUAUGUGACUUGGGAUCUAACUUUACUUUUUCAAACAUAUAUAAAUUAUACACUGUUAUUUAAUAAAUAAUUGAUUAUUUCUG